UAGCUGAUGCGGUUUAUCUGUUAGUAGUAUCAAUAAAGACGGGCUACAGUAAUACACCAGUAUACUUCAAUUGUUCCUCGGGUUCUUUUACUUUUAUACAAAUGUAGCUUUUUCUAAUGGCAAAAUACAUUCGGACUCCGGUCAGUAAGCCCGUAAAUUCAGCUGGUAAGUAAUGUUAGCUUGAUUAUUUCCCCGGCAAGGAAUAGGUAGCUAAUCAAUAAUGGCAUAAGUAAUUACGGUUUUGCCUUGAUUGGUUAAUUGAUAAGGAGCUUGUCAGUCACCGCAGUCUCGCUGGCAAGGUCAAACUGCUACAAAUAGCUAACGCAGUUCACCAAGCUGCCUUAUAUCAACGCUACGCACCCAUCGAAGUGCAGGCACAGUGAUUUUGUUUACCGUGUAAUACCCCACCCACCAACCCCUCCUCUCCCCAGUGGGCAUGUGGGAAAGUGGUCGCCAUUGCUGACACAUAGAAGUGUUACUCUGAAGGUUAUGUAGAAAUGCUUUAAAAUAAGUAGGCGGUGUCAAACCUGACUCAAUUGCAUUUCUCAUCUGCAUGUGAGUGCGGCUGUCCGUGCCGGGCAGGUCAGCUCAGCAGCAGGGCGUGAUUUUCAGGUUAUUCUCCCCACCCUUCAAGUGUCGCCCUGGUAACGUUCAUUUCCCCCGACCACCACAGGAUGCUGACAGCCACUUGGGUGGGGCUGACGCGGAUGACAGUAGACGGGAGGAAAGCUCAGGGAUAAACCAAAGCGCACGGGAUCAGUUUUUUUUUUAAAGCAGCGCAGGGCGGCUGGUCGGUGAGAACCAUGACCAAGCCGGAGUCGAAGAAAAGCGGCGUGGCUGCGGGCAAGAGCGUCGGCGAGCAGGUUAACAACGGCUCCGUGGAUCCAGCGUGUCCGGAUCAGAGCACAGCGAUCAAAGCCAAGGUGAUGAAGCAGACCUCCAGGGAGAAUCUGCACCGGAGAAACACAGAGUGCGAAGUCUACGACGACGGAACCAACACCUUUUUCUGGCGAGCCCAUACUGUCACAGUGCUGUUCAUUCUGACCUGCGCUCUGGUCUACGUCACGCUGUUGGAGGAGACUCCUCAGGACACGGCCUACAACACUAAAAGGGGUAUUGUGGCCAGCAUCCUGGUGUUCCUCUGUUUUGGAGUGACACAGGCCAAAGAUGGACCUUUCACCAGACCGCAUCCAGCUUACUGGCGUUUCUGGCUCUGCGUCACUGUCGUCUAUGAACUGUUCCUCAUCUUCAUCCUGUUUCAGACGGUGCACGAUGGACGACAGUUCAUGAAGUACAUUGACCCCAAAUUGGGGGUUCCUCUCCCUGAGCGUGAUUAUGGGGGAAACUGCCUCAUUUAUGACCCUGGAAACACUACAGACCCUUUCCACAACAUCUGGGACAAGAUGGAUGGCUUCGUGCCAGCUCACUUUCUCGGAUGGUAUAUCAAGACUCUAAUGAUCCGGGAUUGGUGGAUGUGUAUGAUAAUCAGUGUCAUGUUUGAGUUCUUGGAGUAUAGCCUGGAGCACCAGUUGCCUAAUUUCUCAGAGUGCUGGUGGGACCAUUGGAUCAUGGAUGUGUUGGUGUGCAAUGGUUUGGGGAUCUACUGUGGCAUGAAGACCCUGGCCUGGUUGUCAAUGAAACCGUAUCAGUGGCAGGGCCUCUGGAACAUUCCUACAUACAAGGGGAAGAUAAAGCGUAUAGCAUUCCAGUUCACACCUUACAGCUGGGUCAAGUUUGAGUGGAAGCCUGCUUCAAACCUUCGCCGCUGGCUUGCUGUGUUAGGCAUCAUCUUUAUGUUUCUGUUGGCAGAGCUGAACACCUUCUACCUGAAAUUUGUGUUGUGGAUGCCACCUGAACACUACUUGGUGCUGCUUCGUCUUGUCUUUUUUGUCAACGUGGGGGGCGUAGCCAUGAGGGAGAUCUACGACUUCAUGGAUGACCCGAAGUUCCACAAGAAGCUCGGCCAGCAGGCGUGGCUGGUAUCAGCAAUCACAGUAACGGAGUUCCUAAUAGUGGUCAAGUAUGACCCCCACACCAUCAUGCUGCCCAUUCCUUCUCUUAUCAUUCAGUGCUGGUUUUUAGGAAUCCUCCUCAUACUUAUCUGGACCGUGUGGCGGUUUUUCAUCCGUGACAUCACACUCCGCUACAAAGAGACGCGCCGGCGUAAACAGGAAGCCCCCGCUGACUGGGACCGCCCGCUGGGCAACGGCAGCACAGCCACCCCCUCCGGUCGCAGCAAACUGAACGGCAGCUCUGAGACGCUGAGGCAGCGGAAGUCCUGAGAGGAAGCCAGUCAGUCACGCUGUCUGCAGCGAAUGAAGGGGGACAGUGAGAGGAGUUGAGGAGAAAUGUAACACAAGAAGACACUUAGAGGAUGGACACAUACUGUUCUUGUGCCUACAUGAACCAAGUAGUUAUAUAACACAGGCAAGGGGGUGAAGGGGGCAAUUUUCAUUCGGUGUAUGUGUAGUUAUUGUCCUACUUCUGGUAUUUACCUCAUUCUGUUUCAAAGAACAUUUGGUGGAUUAACAGACAAGAUAGUUUUGCAUUAGUAAUAUAUAUAUAUUUUUGAAUGUUUGGUGAUGAGGUGAAUCAGUACAGAAUUGGAAAGUAGAUGUGACCAAUAAUUUUUCCAUUUUCUCAACUGCACUUUGUCUUUAAAAACAAAAAAGCGAGAGAAGAAGAAUGGAGAAGGAACAUCUGCCACUGUAAAUAUGCUUAACCCUGUGUUGUGCAGUCAUAUCAGUGCAGGUGAGAAAAAGGAGAGCAUUUAGAGGAGUUUCUGAAGGUGUAAUGACUGAUCUGGAUUCUGUUCUACUAUCCACUACUAUGCAAUCUUCAGUAUCAAACUGGGCGCAAGUAAUGAUAACAACACAUGGCUGUUCAGUUUAGUUUAAGUGACACUUACUUUACCAGCUGAUUCCUGAUUCAUUCUGACAGCUUACACUAGGUUUAGUCCCAGGUACAUGAUGUAUUGUUUACAUGUGGAAGACAAUUGAAGCUUCUUUUUUUUUUUU